UUCUAUUAAUUUGCAAAAAUGACGGAAUUCUUAGCCGAAAAUAAUUUAUGUGGACAAAAUCUCCUACGAAUUGUCUCCAUGGGCAAUUCAAUAAUUGCUGAAAUAUUAAGACUGAAAGAUUACAUUCCUGAUGUUUUCAAAUUAGAAUCUAAAGCUGACCAACAAAAGUAUGGUGACAUUAUUUUAGAUUUCAGUUAUCUACGAAUUGCUGAAGCUCAAGACAAAAAAAUUGAAAAUAAUCCAGCUCUUCAAGAUCUCGAUGAAGAAUUUCGAGAUAACUACAUCGAACUACUAACUCGAUUCUAUUUGGCAUUCGAGAGUACACAUCAAUAUGCCUCCGAUUUGAAACAUUUCGUUGAAGAACUAAAUCGAGGCUAUUACAUCCAACAAACUGUCGAAUCAGUUUUGCAAGAUGAAGAAGGAAAACAACUUAUGUGUGAAUCCUUAUAUCUCUUUGGAGUCAUUCUCCUCGUUCUUGAUUUCCACAUUCCGGGAUUGAUCCGGGAACGCCUCCUAAUCUCCUACUAUCGAUAUAGUGCAGCUAGAAACCAUGGCGAUAGCAACAUCGAUGAUGUCUGCACUCUUCUUCGAUCCACUGGAUUUUCAACUCAACCAAAUACCAAACCAGUUCCAAACUAUCCAGAAAGCUAUUUCAGCCGAUUCACUUUCGAUCAAACUUUUGUGGAUAUGGUAAUCGGUCGUCUGCGCUCCGAUGACAUCUACAACCAAAUCAGCAUCUAUCCUCAUCCAGAUCAUCGAUCCACUGCUCUUUCAAAUCAAGCUGGAAUGCUUUAUGUUUGUCUUUACUUUUCUCCCAAAAUCAUUCAUAACCAAGUUGCACAAAUGCGUGAGAUUACAGACAAAUUCUUCUCCGACAAUUGGGUUGUCCCUGUUUAUAUGGGAAUCACAGUAAAUCUAGUCGAUGCUUGGGAGCAUUUCAAAGCUGCAAAAACGGCUCUAAGUCCUGUUGUUGAGACGAACUCUGUAAAAGGCUUCUGUUUACUCCACAAAGAGAAGCUUAAAAAGGUUUUCCUACAAACCUAUGAGAUCCUAAAAGUCGGUGUUCUCACUGAAAGCUUCACUUUGCAAACCCUCACCAGAAUCAUUGCUCUCAUUCGAGAUUGCAAUGUAGUCCUUCGAUGGUUCAUUCUCCAUACAAGUUCUCCAAUACUUGAAAUCUCUUCUGGCAAACGUCAUAAACAAAUCUGUGAACUCGUUCAGACUGAAAGUGAUUUCAAACACUCAAAAAUCUUCCAACUGCUACUAAAUUGCAGUCAAUUGGAAUUGAUUGUGAAGGAAAUCUUAAAAGAUCUCAUCACAGAAAAAGAACAACGAUGGGAGAACUUUCGUAAAGAAGCUCUCGAUCGUGUCAAUGAACUUAGUGAAGCAUUCUCAGGUAGUCGCCCUUUAUCCAAAAUCGAAAAGAAUCCAUCUUUAAAACAAUGGUUUGCUGAUAUUGGCAAACAAAUAACCAAUUUGAAAAUCAAUAAUCCCAAUAUGUCAGGAAGGACUAUAAUUCAAUUAAUUCAAGCUCUCGAAGAUGUCCAAGAAUUCCAUAAUCUUCAAUCCAAUAUGCAAGUUAAACAAUAUCUUCAAGAAACUCGUGAGUUCCUUACCAGUAUGAUCCAGGUAAUCAAUAUCAAAGAAGAUGUCUUGAUCAAUAUUCAACUGAUUAGUGAUUUGAGUUAUGCUUGGAGGACCAUAGACUCGGAAUAUACUCAAAUAAUGCAGGAAAGCAUUAAGAAACAACCAAAAUUGGUCAUCAAAUUGAGAGCGACAUUUCUUAAAUUAGCCAGUGCCUUAGAGAUUCCACUUUUAAGGAUUAACCAGGCAAAAAGUGAAGAUCUCGCCUCGGUUUCGAAAUACUACAGCACUGAAUUGGCCAAUUAUAUUCGUAAAGUAGUCCAAAUUAUUCCCGAGACUAUGUUUAGUAUUUUAGCAGAAAUUAUCCAAAUGCAGACGUCAGUUAUCAAAGAAAUUCCAACUCGAUUGGAGAAGGACAAGUUGAAGGAAUAUGCUCAGUAUGAUGAACGUCAGGCUGUUUCGAAGUUAACCUUCUCAAUUGCUGUCUUCACUGAGGGAAUCUUGAUGAUGAAGAAGACUCUUGUCGGAGUCAUCGAAUUGGAUCCCAAAAAGCUUCUUGAGGAUGGAAUUCGUAAGGAACUGGUAAAGAAUCUGGCAAAUGCAUUGAAUGCUGGACUGAUCUUUGGUCCCAAAGGCAAGACUAGUGAUUUAGAAGAUAAACUAUUCCAACUCUCCAAAAUCAUGGAUGGAUAUCGGAGAUCUUUUGAAUACAUUCAAGACUAUUUGAAUAUUCAUGGAUUGAAGAUUCUCCAACAGGAAAUGUCUAGAAUUAUAAAUUACAAUGUCGAACGGGAAUGUAAUGCAUUUUUGAGAAAUAAAGUUCUCGACUGGCAAUCAUCGUAUCAAAGCACGACAAUUCCAAUACCUAAUUUCCCUCCAAUUCCAGGAGAUACAACGUCAAAUAACUUUAUUGGUCGAUUGGCCAGGGAAAUUCUUCAAUGCACUGAUCCCAGAUUGACAAUCUAUUUGGAUUUGAAAGCAACUUGGUAUGACAAAAAAACGCACAAAGAAAUACUCGAUUCGAGAUUUUUCAUUAAAGUUCGUGAAGCAAUUGGACCAGCUGGUUUGGUGGGCCUUGAUAGACUGUAUUCGUAUAUGUUUAUAUCGGAUUUGAAGAAGAAUAUUGAAAAGAUGCAGCAAAAUAUUGCCACGGAUAAAAUGUGGGUAGAGGCGUUGGCUUCUUUGACUAGGGAACUCGAUGAGAAAAUGAUUAUAAAAAAUCCAGUUAAAUUCUAUGGAAAUUACACAACUAGAUGGGUGAAGGUUUGGCCAACUAUACUUGAAUGGUUGCUUCAAAUUGGACAUAAGCAAAUUUUGAGACAACAAAUUGCAUAUGAAUUGAAUAAGAGUUGUAAAUUUAAUUCGAAGAAUCUUGAAGCUUCAUUGGAUGCAUUGAAUAAGUCUCUUCUAAUUGAUUUUCAAGAAUCCCAAGAGAUUGAAGGAAAACCCAAGCCAGAAAAAGAUAUUCUGUCUGAAUUGAAUUCAUAUUUGAUAUUUAGUGGAAAUUAUGAUCCAAUGCAGCAAGUUUUUGUGCUAACCAAGAAUUCUCACAACAUAUCAUUGUUCCUUCUUUUGUUUACCAUAUCGCAUUCAAUGAAAUUUCAAUUUUCCAAAAAUCUCAAUAUGCUAAUGGCAAAGAGUUUCAAAGAACAUAUCGAUGGGGUGGCAAUGAUUAUUGGAAUUCAAACUGUUUUGAAUCAAUUUCAUCGAGAUGUUCUUUAUUUGUAUGUUGAGUAUUUGUGUCAGUAUGUUACAUCGUUGGUGGAAGCUAAUUUGAGUGCAAAACAGGAAAUUGGAUUGGAAUGUAGCACUAUGAUACAUUAUUUAGAAGAAUUUAUACGAAUUGGAAAAUUACCUAGGAGUUUGUUGGAAGAACACGUCCCACUGAUUGUUUUAAAUCAGUUUGAGUAUCUAUCAAGCAAUAAGUAAUUUAAAGGGAGGACUGGACAACAAAAAAAAAAACAGGAACAAAGCUAUUUUUUUUAAUUUAAUUUUAUAUAAUUGUUAUAUACAAAACUGCAUGUGGAAAGCACGUAAAUAUACCUUAUUGUGAUUAAUUUACAUAUAUACUCAAAAAUUUCAGUUAUAAUUUAAUGCAUUUUUUAACGCCUUGGUUCCUGAAGUUGUA